AUGUCCUUAGCAAAACUCACCUCAACAUCAACGCAGACGCUGUCGCUACUGCUGGAGCGACAGCGGCUCCAGACAUUCCCUGCGUUCUCAGCGUCAUCAGAUGCCGCCUCCGACCCAUUGCAUCUGCCACAAAUCAGGAAAAACAUGGGUCAGCUGAGGGCCGGGAUACUCGACAUGGAGGCCAAAGAGGGACGCACCCAAUCAGCCCAGCUGCUGCGCAACCAGUAUGGGAGGAUGCGAGCAAUGUUGGGAAAUGAUGCAGGUUUGGUGGAACCACUCGAUAAUCCGGAGCCGUCGACGUCGAGGGCAGAGUCUGAGCUCCCUUUGAUUCCCCCGCCUCCACCCUCAAAGGACACAGAACCCAUUUACACGCCUUACACGGAUGACCCACAAGGGGACGCCGAUCCUGGCAUCAUGUUGCAGACCCAAAGACGCCUCAUGGAUGAGCAAGACGAGCAUCUUGACCGUCUAUCUCAGUCGGUUGGGAGACAACAUCAUAUAUCCCUCCAAAUAAACGAUGAACUGGAUGUACAUACGGGGCUGUUGCAAGAACUUGAUACUGACUUGGACCAGACGGGGAACAGACUAACGAGCGCGCGGAGACGCCUUGACCGGGUGGCCCGCGGUGCCAAAGAGAACAGUUCAGCCAUGGCCAUCGGCUUGCUUAUCCUCAUCCUACUGUUGCUGAUCAUCAUCUUCAAAACGUGA